UCAUGUGAUUUAUCAGCUGACCCCUUUUCUCCACACGGUAACAGCGUAAGAAAAAUAUUCUCCAAACAUAGAGAGACCCUUGACGCAAAAUUACAGUUUUGUAGCCUACAUUUUGAACAUUUCCUACGAAACUGUAAAUAACAUAUCCGGUCAAGGCUACGUGUUGAAUUUUAAAUCCGUGUUGCAAUCUGUGACCUGUUGACGCUCAACAUUGUUUCCAAUCAUUGACCACAAGAACAAUCGCCAAAGAUAUGAAGAGGAGACUUCUGCUCGUGUCCAACUCAACCCUGCACGGGGGAGGAUAUCUGGAACAUUGUCAACAGCAGAUCAAAGACUUUUUUGGAAUAGGGGUGAAGAGGAUUUUAUUCAUCCCCUAUGCACUGUGUGAUAGAGAUGGCUACGCAAAGACUGCCAGGGACAAGUUCAACAGUCUGGGUUAUGAGGUGGACAGCAUACACGAGGCCUCUGACCCAGUGGAAGCUGUACGGAAGGCUCAGGGUAUAUUUAUAGGUGGUGGCAACACAUUCCGUCUGCUGAAAUGUCUCUACGACAACCAUGUGCUGUCUGAGAUCAACAAGAGGGUUCUGCAGGAUGGUGUUCCCUACAUGGGUUCCAGUGCUGGCACUAACGUCUCUACUGUCAGCAUCAACACCACCAACGACAUGCCCAUCGUGUACCCGCCCUCCUUCAAUGCCAUUGGUCUAGUGCCUUUCAACAUCAACCCUCACUUCCUGGACACGGACCCUAACAGCAGACACAUGGGGGAGACACGAGAGCAGAGGAUCAUUCAGUACCACGAGGAGCCCGACACUCCAUCUGUUCUGGGCUUGAGAGAGGGUUCCAUGUUGCUCGUAGAAGGAAACAAGGCUACUCUACUGGGCACCUGCAAGGCACGGCUGUUCACCAGGGGGAAGCCAACAACAGACUUUGAAUCUGGCAGUGACCUCAGCUUCUUGCUGACAGACAGACGGUGAAGUUGUACAUCUCCGUUCUCCACGGCAAAGACUGAUGCAGAUCCUUACAAGUGGAAAUGCACUUAUGUCAAAAUAAAUAUUAUUACCAAAAAAAUUGUCUUA